UGUCAUUUUCCCAGCAGUGAUGUUAUCCAAUCCUUGAUGAGUGACUGGAAGGGACUUGCUUUUUUAAUCUCCAGUUGUGAAUGCUCCUUGAUAUGCUGAUAAUCUCGAGCCCUUCAACGCCCCCAGAACAGACACUCCAUGACAUCGCGCAAGACAACGACCUUGUCAAAACCCUCUUCCAUCAUUGUCCAUGACCUCUUCGCCGAGUGAUGGAGACCCUCUUCAGUCGCCCGACAUUCUGUCCUCGCCCUCGAUCCCAAUCCUCGAGGUUCACAAGACAAGACCACCCGCGAGAAACGAAUCACCCGAGACAUCCACCACCAGUCUCCCUAUCCGCACAUCGAGCCCUCCCGCCCUAGGUUCCCGAACCAGCACCCUCUCCAGCGUUCUAUCCCGCUCUAGCUCCCCUAAUGGAAGGCUAUCGUUGUCCGUAUCGAGAUUUGGGAGGUCGCGAGCCAAUAGCCCCCUGGGCAAUCCCUCAGAGACAUAUGAUGACACACGAUCAUUAAUUGUCCGAGCGUUCUCUCCCACUGUUGCGAUCUACGCAUCGCCAGAAGUGGACGAACUCGCCGCUCGCAAAGGGCUGAGGAAUGGCUUCAUCGGAUUGGUUCGCCCAUUCGGCGACAAGAUCAAUGGAAAGGUGGUGGUGCGAGACAGCACAGGUGCCAGCAGGGCAUGGGAAGAUUUUGGUGUGCACUUUGCAGAUCUGGGCCAAUUAGUUCGAGAUGGCACGUCCUCGCAUCCUGCGGCCAACUCGAUGGAAAAGUUAGAAGAGCUGAUGGAACAUUUCGUAGGAGAGGGCUUCGACCAGACCGAAGAUGUCCUGGGGCGGGGCGAGACCUCUCCUUUUUAUCGACUGUUUCUGGCCCGGCUCCUGUCCUCUCAGACCAUGAGCCCGCAUGAAUCGUUCCGCCAUCCAGUUGGUGCGGUGAUUGCUAUCAGCUCUUCCACGAAACAACCUAUCGAGACCUUGCGCAAUCUUUAUCAGCAAACUGCGUCGGGUUCGCGAGCCUUGCCCGUUUUCGCCAAUCCGGAAUACCUCAGAUAUUAUGUGCUCGUCCACGAUGAAGACCGAGAUGACUUCAACAAAUCGUCGGCCCUUUUUGAUCAGAUGAAGCGACACUUUGGCCUCCACUGCCAUCUUCUCAGGCUGAAAUCUGCACCAUGUACCCAGACCGACGAUGACACCGAAGAACUCCCUGCAAGCGAAUGGCUGUCGCCCACUGAACAACUCGCCCUCUUGCACGACACUGCAGAUCUCAUCGAUCUCAACACCUCUACAUCUCCCUACAUCUUUUCCUCGGAUGCGACCGCCCUGCGAGCAUUUGUCCGCGAGCUUAUUGCACAGUCCAUAAUUUACCAUAUGGAACAGAGGAUUGCCCUGUGGAAUGAUCAAAUCGCUUCACGUCGUCGGGGUAUCUCCGGCCGGUUCAUGUCGCUUUCUAAGAGAUGGACCGCAAUUGGAAGCUCUUCUCGAAGCUCAUCGUCGACCACCAACGUUGGAGCCAGCGGCAAUUAUGACAGCCUGCAGGGGACAUACCGUUUUGAUGCUCCCGAGAGUUUAUUGCGGAAGCUUGCCGACUAUGCAUUUAUGCUGAGGGACUACAAAUUGGCGGCAUCGACCUAUGAGCUGCUCCGAGGUGACUACUCCAAUGAUAAAGCCUGGGAACAUUUGGCUGGGGCGAACGAAAUGUGCUGUGUCGCUACUCUCCUGAACCCGCUCACAAGCAGUGGUAGUUCCAAAUUCAAAAUUGAAAACUUCGACAGUAUGCUCGAAACAGCGAGCUAUUCAUAUUUGACCCGGUGCUCUGAGCCAGCCCUUGCAUUGCGCUCUAUCUUACUUGGUGUCGAGUUGUUGAAGGUCCGAGGUCGCGCAGCCGGCGAACUCGCGGCGAAAUGGGCAAUUCGCAGCCUCGAACUGGGUCUGGUCGGUAGCAUUGGACAUGUCUUGAUCAGUGAGCGGGUGGCAUCUUCUUUUGCCGACCGCAUCGGCACCGGCAACACCGGUUGGGGCAUGCGUAAAAGAAAGGCUGCGCUUUGGAGUAUCAUGGCUGCAGACGAAUGGAUGAAACUUGGCCGAGCAGAGAUCGCUGCCGAGAGGCUUGAUGAAGCACAAGAACUCUACAGUGAAACAAAGAAUAGCGACUCACACAAGCAGUUUCACGAGUUGGCCGAAUAUCUGGAACAACUGCGACUGGCCGUGAGAAUGAAGCUGGGGGAAGCAAGAAGAAGAGGCUUCAGCGGAGCAACAAGACAGAUUGAGCUGGAGGGGCCCAUGGACGUCCAAGCCGAUGUGGAAGACGAAACUAUGGAAGAAAUGAAUGCGCUGGAAAAGGUCGACAGCAAAGGGCACAGGAGAAGUCUCCUAGGAGGGGCCGUCGGAACAGGAACGAGCCUGCUGGAGCCCGUCACGCCCUUGAGUCCGGCUCGGCUGAACAGGGCCGACACAUUUCGAGGAGAUGAUGAUUUUGAAUGAAAAAGAUGGACGCACUUUCCAGCUAUGGGUGUGACCAAGCGUGAGCGCCCAGAUAUGCUCAACAUGGUACGAUCAACCGGAUUACUUCAUGUCCAGAGGACACACCAAAAACUGGUCUCAACACGGAGAACUCAUAUAAUCGGGGAGGAAGUUAUGACCUAGGGGCUUCAAAGAGACCAACGACGAUGGCAACCCGAUGAGAUAUGCUCAAUGGUGUGUUGUCAAGACAGGGUAUUUUCAAAUGCCUCCAAUUGUCAACUUUGGUUCAUGCACCAUUUGAGCCUUGGAAGUCAGCAUGCUACGGUAUUUGGGUCAGGAGCGAAGACUGAUACUCUCCGUCCAAUGGAUGGGGUGAUUUCACAUAUCCCCAGCUAUACUAUGUCGCAGAAAUUGGCGGGUUUUGCGCUCAAUGGGUCGACUCCCGGAUCCCGUUAUCAAAGCGCCUCUCAACACAUGUGGGGGUAUUCCAGCUCCAGCAUUGUCCUAUGACCAGUACUUCUCGGGUGAUACCUUCACUGCCCCAGUCUUGACCUGAUGCGCUCAGAAACGUCGAUCUCCAACCAAGGGGCGACUAGGGCAGCGAAUCUUGCUCACCGACGACGCAUCGCGAGGCUGACCCUACAUAUGCCUGGUCUCGGUCAGGUUGUCAUGACAGCACGGGAGUCAAGAUCGAGAUCUAUUGAACGCAUCGGAUCCUAGAAGAUGAAGGGGGCGUUUGGCAGUGGUUGGUGCUGGGCAGACGCUGUACUUAUAUGGAUGAUGGAAAGGGUUGGUGGACAGGCAUUUGGGCAGAGCGACACCCAUUCUAGACUCUGUCUGUCCGUCCCUUUUUCUGGAGCCUGUUCUAUUGUUGUUCUGGCCCAAUCUGCGGCAGUAAUUACGAUGUAGACAUGGCUCAAUACGGUACGCUGAACGAGGCAUACCACAAGACUGAAGAAUGCCUCAUGAAGAGUCAUCGAAAGGGACAGCGAGUGGCUUGUUUUGCGGUUUAGUGAUAAGAUGAUGGUAGCAGACACAUUGGUAACGUCGAGUAUCUGUGC